GCAUUUCAUUGCUACCCUGCAUGAUGAAAUGAAAUAUAUGGAGAGGAAGAUAAUGGUUGAUAUUGGUGGAUUCAACUUCAUGUACAAGUGGCAUGAGGUGAUAGAUCGUGGUUUUAUGUUUGCAAUGCCAUGGAAGCUGAAGAGUCUGCAUCUCUCUGUACCUGAGUUCAACAUUCCUCUUCUUCAAGAGGGGCAGCAGAUAAGGUUAUCUGAUCUCAAGACUGAAACUGAAUUUACUAAACCUCCGGACUACCUGCAGGAGAGUGAGCUGAUAUCUCUGAUGGACCAGCACGGUAUUGGUACAGAUGCAUCUAUUCCUCAGCACAUGAAGAAUAUAUGCGACAGGCAUUAUGUUGAUGUCUGUGGACCAGGAGAGGACGGACAACGAGGGCAGGUUAUUCAGAUCAGAAAGCACUGGGGUAAAAAGGGAGGAGGUGGAGGGGGACCUCCGCAACAGCAACAGCAACGGCCAACCUCAAGGCAUAUGGUGCCCAGACCUUUUGGAUUGGCUUUCUUGUCUUGCUUUGAGGAAUUGGAUCAAGAGCUGUGCGAUCCUAAGAUUAGAAGUUUUAUGGAGGAACAGGUCGGUUGAUUGGAUAAUUAGUUG